ACCACAAUUGUAAAAACAGUUAUUGUGUAAAAUUUUGGAAAACUUUGAAUUAUUUUUUUUUAACAUUUCUUAACAUUCUCUCCAAAAAGUGUGUGAUGUCAAUACAUAUUGCGGCAGAAGCCCUACCUCCCCAACCCACGCCAGCACUCCCACCCCAACCGCCAGCCCCACAACCACAGCCGGCUCCUCAUCAACCAAGGCAACGGAGGCGUGCUAGGCCACCAAUUUUCAGAACCCGUGUCAGACUUUUUGGGAUGCCAGAUGAUGUGGUGGUGCGUAGAUACCGGCUGCCACCACAUCUAAUCCUAGACACUCUCUCCAUAAUAGAGAGUGAUCUGGAGUCUGAAAUUCGGUAUCCUACAGCAAUACCACCAUUGACACAAUUCCUUGCAGUGUUACAUUUUUUGGCCACAGGAUCAUUCCAGCAUGUGGUUGGAGACCUGGUUGGCAUGUCGCAGGGCCAGUUCAGUAAGGUCCUGCGACGUGUCUGCCAGGCUUUCCUCAAGCGUGUUAAGCAAUUUAUUGCUAUGCCUUUGGAUGUUGGUGCCCUAGAUGUGGUGAAGCGGCAAUUUGCGGAAGGUGGUAGUCGCUUCCCACAUGUUAUUGGGGUUGUGGAUGGCACACAUGUAGCUAUUCAGCCACCAAAACAUAAUGAAGAAAUUUAUAGAAACAGGAAACUGUUUCAUUCUCUGAAUGUAAUGGUUGUUUGUGGGCCAUCCCUCCAGAUCCUUUCCCUGAACGCAAAGUUUACUGGAAGUUCCCAUGAUGCGUAUGUCAUUAGACAAUCAGGGAUAUGGCAGAGAUUAAGAUCAAGUCAACGACCAGACAUGUGGUUAUUGGGAGACCGUGGAUAUCCUUGCACCCCCUGGCUCAUGACUCCUUACCGUAAUCCCAGGCCAGGACCACAGAUGGCAUUUAACUCCGCGCUUACUGCCACUAGGCAGCUGGUGGAGCGCACAAUUGGUGUCCUGAAAGGGCGGUUUCGUGUUCUCCACCGCACUGGUGGCGACAUCAUGUAUUCGCCGGAGAUGGCAAGUAAAAUAGUGGUCCUGUGCGCAAUACUCCAUAAUAUCGCGGUAAGGAGUAGUGUAGAGCUUCCUCAGGCAGAGGAAUUGCCUGAUGAGGAGCCAGGGGUUGUGCCACGCUUCGGUGGGGGGAGUGUGACACGGAGGGGGAGCCAAGUGAGGGCAAGAAUUGUAGCAGAAUAUUUCAGCUGAAUGAUCACACGAACUGUGGACAACAACAACGGCAAAACUCCCCACCCCCUUCCCCUUCUCACUCCCCCUCCCCUUCUCACUCCCCCUCCCCUUCUCACUCCCCCUCCCCUUCUCACUCCCCCUCAGCUUCCCAGUCCCCCUCAGCUUCCCAGUCCCCCUCAUCUUCCCAGGCCCCAUCAGCUUCCCUGGCCCACUCCACUUUACAUUCCCCUUCUCACCACACCUCUCCAUCUCUUUCUGGGACCCCUUCUCCUCCUUCCCAUACCCCUUCUCCUUCAAAAUCAAC